AUGCGCGGGGUCGGAGGCGACCUCCGCCACUUCUUGAAGCCUCAGCGUAACAUUAAUCUUAUGAUGCCCAACGCCAAUGCAUCAAUAAUCCUUCGCGGAACCUACGCUCCUAUUCGCACUCACAUAACUCGAGUGCCUCAAGCUGCUCGCCCCUCUCGGCGGCGGAGGCGGCGAUCCGGCCAGAACCGGAUAGCUGACCCCGGCAUCGACGUCGGGGAGAAACGUGCGUACAAGCCCGGGAUGCUCGGCGAAGAAACCACGCCCGCCCCGGCUGCAACGGGCUAUAGGGCGUGCCCACCGUCGCGGCUGUCGCUAAAGGCGACCCGGGCGUGUGCAGGGAGAGGUGCAAAGUUCUUGAGAAGCCCACACCUGAGGGUCGGCGCAGACGCGGGUCUCCGGGAGGCCCGCGAACGUGGCAUGCCUGCGCACGAGCCGUGGGCGAACCGCCCUCGACGGCCCAGUCAUUCUGUGGCGGACGACGCGCUCCUUGCCAGGGCGGAGAAGGAGGUCGUCUGA